AUGGCAGAUCCUGGAGAAGGCAAGAAGGAUGAGGCUGAUUACAAGAGGAUGCACAGCUUUCCUUUAAUACGGCAUACGGACAUGCCAGAAGAAAUGCGUGUAGAAACCAUGGAGCUUUGUGUUACAGCCUGUGAAAAGUUUGCAAGUAAUAAUGAGAGUGCAGCAAAAAUGAUAAAAGAGACUAUGGACAAGAAGUUUGGCUCAUCGUGGCAUGUAGUGAUUGGAGAGGGUUUUGGUUUUGAGAUCACACAUGAAGUAAAGAACCUUCUGUACAUGUUCUUUGGGGGAAGUCUGGCUAUAUGUGUCUGGAAGUGCUCAUGA